AAUGAUAUUACUCCACAAUUUGAACCAAGCCAACGGCUUAUUUUAUCCCUUUUCACAAAAUUUCUGAUACCAAAUUCCAAAAAUUCAAAAUACAAAAUUUAAUCUUCAUUUGGGAUUCAAAACAUAAUAUGCUACCAGGGGCUAAUGUGGGAUGCCAUUAUCGACCUAACGGGAUUCUGUUGCACAAAUGGCAUAACCCAGGUUUACUGAACACAAAAUUUCAGACAUUACGCCUAAAGUGUCUGGAAAAGAAGUCAAUAAGUUGUAUGAUAGACCAACCAACGGAAACCUCUCCUGUUACUAAGAGCGAUGGAGAUGGUAGACCGUUAGUUAAAAUGUGUGGAAUUACAUCAGCUAAAGAUGCUGCUCUAGCAGCAGAAGCUGGUGCCGACUUUAUUGGAAUGAUCCUUUGGCCUAAUUCUAAACGCUCAGUUUCAGUUUCCACUGCAAAAGAAAUUUCUAAAGUUGCACGUGAAUAUGGUGCAAAGCCAGUUGGGGUGUUUGUUGAUGAUGACUCCAACUCAAUGCUAAAGGCUUCUGAUGAUGCUGACCUCGAAUUUGUGCAGCUUCAUGGAGAUGGAUCACGGUCUGCAUUUUCUGUUGUAGUGAAGGAGAAGAAAAUAAUUUAUGUUCUUCAUGCAAAUGAGGAUGGUGAGCUUCUGAACCACAUAUCAGAUGGAGAUUGUUCUUUGGUUGAUUGGAUUCUCGUUGAUAGUGCAAAAGGUGGCAGUGGUAAAGGAUUUAACUGGGCCCAGUUCAAGCUACCACCACUCGGGAGCAAAAACGGAUGGCUAUUGGCUGGUGGAAUGAAAUCCGAGAAUGUAACUGAAGCCAUUUCUAUACUAAGACCCGAUGGAGUUGAUGUCAGUAGUGGUAUUUGUGCUUCAGAUGGGAUUCAGAAAGAUAUAUCACGCAUAUCCUCUUUUAUUGCGGCCGUAAACUCUGUUCGAUUUGAAGGCUUAUGGAAAGUGUUGUUUUAAGGCUUAUGAAAGCAUGAGGAGAUAGAAUGACCACGUCCUCUAUAUGUUAUAGAUUUUUUUGGCCUUGUAGACUUUUUGUAUUUUUUUCUACCUCUAUUCUAUAUUUCUAUAGAUCUCAUUUGCUUGUAGUUUAGAUCUUAUAAUGAUGUAUAUAUAUACACACAUAUAAGUCUAUGUGUGUAUCUAUUGGUCUA